AUGAUCAAUUCCAUGUUAAAUAGUUCUGGAGUUCCACACAAUUUGUGGGGUGAUUGUCUAUUUGCUGCAAAUGAAAUAUUGAAUAGAGUUCCUCACAAGAACACAAAUCAGUCACCAUAUGAAGUUUGGAAAGAGAGAAAACCUUCAUAUAAAAAGCUGAAAGUGUGGGGUUGUCUUGCUAAAGUUCGAAUUCCUCUUCCAAAGAGAACAAAACUUGAACCUAAAACUAUAGAUUGUGUAUUUAUUGGAUAUGCAAAGAAUAGUGCAGCUUAUCGUUUUCUAGUAUUCAAAUCUGAAAUUAGUGACAUAAAUGUCAAUACAAUAAUAGAGAGUGAUGAUGCUGAGUUCUUUGAACAUAUUUUCCCAUACAAGGAAGAAAGAAUCAGCUUCACAAACAAAAGAGCACGUGAUAUUAAGCAAAAUUCAUCGACAAGUGUUCAACAAAAUGAACAAGUCUCAUCGUCUAGUGCUCAACAAAAAGAAGAUGAUGAAGCAAUUGAACCUAGAAGAGCAAGUAAGAGGGCAAGAGUUACUAAAGACUUUGGACCUGAUUUCCUUACUUAUAUCACCGAAGGAGAACCACAAACUUAUAAGGAAGCAAUGACAUCUCCGGAAUCUCCUUUUUGGAAGGAAACAAUUAAUAAUGAGAUGGAAUCCAUUAUGUAUGAUAAUACAUGGCAAUUGGUAGACUUACCUCCUGGAAAUUUUGGUUCACUUGGGGAGAUUCGAGAGACAGGUUUACAGUUGACAGCACCACCUCCGUUGGUGCAAGAGCUGAAGACUAAGAUGCAAAGUUCAGGAAUGCCUUGGCCUGGUGAUGAGGGUGAACAACGAUGGGAACAAGCAUGGUUGGCUAUAAAAAAGGUCUGGGCUUCAAAGUGGAAUGAGAGAGCAUACUUCAACACAAGAAAAGUGAAAUUAGACCAUGAUUAUCUUUGCAUGGCUGUCCUUGUUCAAGAAAUAAUAAAUGUCGACUAUGCAUUCGUUAUUCACACAACUAACCCAUCUUCAGGAGACUCGUCGGAGAUAUAUGCCGAGGUUGUCAAAGGUCUUGGAGAAACCUUAGUUGGAGCUUAUCCUGGACGUGCCUUAAGUUUUAUUAGCAAGAAAAAUGCUCUGGACUCUCCUCAGGUGUUAGGUUACCCUAGCAAACCGGUUGGCCUCUUUAUCAGACGGUCCAUAAUCUUCCGAUCCGAUUCCAAUGGUGAAGAUCUUGAAGGUUAUGCCGGUGCAGGCCUUUAUGACAGGUGAACUACUAUACAA